AAGCUCGACGACGCUCCCGCGGCGCUCGCGCGCACGGACGCGACGAGCGCGAUGAACCUGCGCGUGCUGCGCAAGGAGGACGACGCGAUCGAGCGCAUCGUCGCGCACUCGAAACACGCGGUGCUGUACGGAUUCGACGCGGACGCGCGACAGUGGGCGCGGAAGAACGUGGAGGGGGCGCUGUUCGUCGUGCGACGCGCGACGGAACCGCGAGACGCGUUCGUGGUGCUGAAUCGGUGCGGGACGGAGAAUCUGCGACAGCGCGUCGGCGGCGCGGGAUUCGAGCUGGAGCGGUCGCCGCCGUAUUUGAUGUAUCGCGUCGGACGAGAGGUGAACGGGAUAUGGUUUCACGACGCGGAGGAGUGCGAA